UUGUUUCUUUCUCUAGGUGCCGAGGUGUCUGAAAAAUUAUCUCUGAAGCUGCCACCAAAUGUGGUAGAAGAAUCUGCCCGAGCCUCCUUCUCAGUUUUGGGAGACAUAUUAGGCUCUGCCAUGCGAAAUACACAAAAUCUCCUCCAAAUGCCCUAUGGCUGUGGAGAACAGAAUAUGGUCCUCUUUGCUCCUAACAUCUACGUUCUGGAUUAUCUAAAUAAAACACAGCAACUGACUGCAGAGGUCAAGUCCAAGGCCAUUCACUACCUCAACACUGGUUACCAGAGACAGCUGCUCUACAGGCACUAUGAUGGCUCUUAUAGCACCUUUGGGGAGCAACAUGGCACCAAUGAGGGUAAUACCUGGCUCACAGCCUUUGUACUGAAGAGUUUUGCCCAGGCUCGAACCUAUAUCUUCAUUGAUGAAGCACAUAUUACCGAAGCUCUCAACUGGCUCUCCCAAAAGCAGAGGGACAGUGGCUGUUUCAGGAGUUCUGGGUCACUGCUCAACAAUGCCAUUAAGGUGAAGUGUUCUCAGAGCUAGUGUUGAUUUGUCCAUUACACUGUCUACAAGGAUGAGGAGAGGAAGUGAUAACAUAAGAAUUCCUUGGGCUUCCCUGGUGGCGCAGUGG